CACGUCCCCCUUAUACUUACUGAGUCAAUCCCGGACGAUUGGUUUUCAUCACUACACUUUUCUGCCCUCUACAUGGGUUGACCCCAUCAACCUCCUCGAGACCCGCCCGGAAAGGAUGUUUGACGAGCAACCUGCCGUCCUGCGCAUACCGAGCGAGCUAUGGCUCCGUAUAGCUCUGCGGACACAAGAGCUCUCUGAACCGAAGCCAUCCGAGCCUGUCCCUGUUACGCUAGCCGUACCGGCCAGGAGCUACAUGGAUCUGCCUACCAACCUCGCUCCAGGAUCCGCUCCUCUUACACCUCUUGGACCUGUUAGUACCGGUGCGAUAUCGAACGAGGGCGCUUGGGGGAGUGAUUACUUCGGUCUGGCGAGUCGCACGACCGGGACUGCCUCGCCUCAAGCGAGCAAUCUUGAUAGCGCCCAUGCUCAAGGUGGGCCUACUCACGAGUCCAUCCGUCGGUCAAGAUCGAGCGUGCCUGACAAAGCUGCUAUCGACAAGCUCAACGGGUACUCAGAAAACCGCGGCUCUUGCGAAGAUAAGCUUGAUCUCGGACGUGCUGCCAAGGACGUCUUGUUGAUACUGUCAACGACUUGCAAGUCUUUGAGAUCAAACAUCUGGCCUCUCCUCAAUGGUCAGCUCAGAGUUAGCCUAUCUGCCUUGUCGAGCAAUUCGGACAAGUCGAGACAAGACAUAUGGGACCGAAUAUCGGCGUGGGCCGGUCAUGUCAGGGACCUCGAACUGGGGAUAGACCCUGGCGACGAUUUUCUCGCUCACAGUGCUUUGCGCCUGUUCGAGAAGAUCGGUAGCUCGCUUGAAACCUUGACCAUACGAUUUGAUCCUAUCAAGCUAGGAAGCAAGGAAUACGACUCCGAUAUCUCUCUUCAUCGCCAGAUAAGGAACAGUCCGAGCGGGAUCUACAUUCCUCGUCUCAUCCGCCCCUUGGAUGGUACGACGGAAUACCGACCCCUGUUCCCUUACCUGAAGAGUCUCAGAGUGACAUCCACCUUGAGGACGGUCGACGCCCAGAAUAUCGGCAACCUGCAUGCUCUCAUCUGUCAUGCACCCAGUCUCCUGGAAGUAGACUUCCAGGGAGCAAACAUGGACCUCGCAACCUACAUAGCGACUGUAGAUAUGCUUCAGUCCAUGCAACGCAUCCGCAUCGAGGUCCUCCAUCUCAACCUCGUCCGCCAAUACGCGACCAGCGUCGACAUUCCGAGCGUGGCAGAUGCACAAUCGAUACAACUCGCCUUGCAUGCUUUGACGCACGGACACCGCGCGUUGACGAGUCUGAAGGACCUGUCGAUCAUGGCGUUCGGAGGUGUUCUCGAGUUGAAAGAUGAUGCGUUAAAAUCUUUGGCGACUACUUUGAAGCGCAACUAUCCGCUGCUCCGGACUCUAGAAUUGCCAGUGAGGCCAGGUAGCGGGGAUACUCACGACACGUGUAUGGACGCGACAAAGCACCUGAGCGAGACCUGUCAGGUGGCCCCUGAACCUCCUGAUCCCAGAAGACCCCACCAGCUUGAAACGGUAGCCGGACUUGCAGAUUUGAACAAUCUCACCUUCAAGCUGUCGUCCAAGUUGGAGCGCGUAAUGAUGUUCAGGAGGUCGACCGGGGACGUCCUGACUACGACGGGACCGACCCCGGAGCAAGUCCCUACUGAAGAUGAGUAUCGAACGCAUACUGCUUCCAAACUCCGUUUAGUCGAGGUGGGCAAAGUGUGGAGGGCGACGAUCCGCUCGGAUGCGAAUCGCCAUGAGGAAGCUCAAAUUAUCGGCUCAGUGGAAGGAUACUCUAGAUGACCUAGCAAUGCAUGAGGUCGAUGCUUGCGUGCAGGCGCGCAGGUGGACCUCUAUCAUAUCGUUUAACCAUGUCCGACCUUUCCCUACGGAUCACAAAAUCUUUGUACAACAUUCAUGUCUACCCUCAUACCACCACAACGUUAC